AUCAAAGCUUUUUCAAAACCCGACGCCAUUGAAAUAGAAACAGCAGAAGAAGGAAACACGAUGAGCGGUUCUUUGCGUAGAUUCGGUAGCAUCUCCCGCCUGUUACAGAAACAAUCCGACUUAACCGGCCCGAUCAACAGAAUCCAUUCGUUUCUCAGGAACCAAACGCAGGCUCAAACCAGGGAGUAUUUCCGGUUCCCGAGCGUGGUAAAGAAAGUGAGAGAGUAUGAGAUCCCUCAUUCGCUUUUGACUUCUCCGUUUUCUUCUUCUUCGUCUUCAGCGGCGUCGUUUGGGAAGGUUGGGUUUGUUGGAUGGUAUUUAGGAAUGGUGAAAUCGUGGCCCGUUUUAACUAAGAGCGUUACUUCCUCGGCUAUUUAUAUAGCUGCUGAUUUGUCUUCUCAGACAAUUUCAAUGUCGCUGGCGGAUCCUUACGAUUUGGUGAGGAUGUCACGCAUGGCUGGAUAUGGAUUGUUGAUAUUAGGGCCGUCUCUGCAUUUCUGGUUCAACUUGAUGUCGAAGCUCUUUCCGAAGAGGGAUUUGAUCACUACUUUCAAGAAAAUGGCCAUGGGGCAGCUCAUUUUUGGACCUGUCAUGACGGUUGUUUUCUUCUCGUUGAAUGCUCGCCUACAAGGUGAAAGCAGUGAAGAAAUUGUUUCCAGGUUAAAGCGAGACUUGCUUCCUACAAUGUUAAGUGGUGUGAUGUACUGGCCGUUUUGCGACUUCAUCACUUUCAGGUUCAUCCCAGUUCAUUUGCAGCCGCUGGUGAGCAAUUCAUUUUCAUAUUUGUGGACUGUCUACAUGACAUACAUGGCAAGUCUAGAGAAACCGGUCUCAGCUACCUGCUGAUUGAUUUGCUACCAUCAGUUCUCUCGCGUUCAAGAUCCGGCUUUCUACAACAGAUUGAAGAUAGGACAAAAAAAUAUUAACUCACCGGAAUCCGGUCCUUAUAGUCUUCGUGCAAAGAUAUGCUUAGGGGUAAAACACUAAAACUGGAAGGGAUGAAUCAAGUAGGGAAUCAUUAUUUUUUGUUUUGAAAUUUUGUUUCCUUCU